CUAUUACAAAAGUAUUUUCGACAAUUAAAGACGAAACCGAAAUAACUAUUUACUAUUCUCUAAUUAUAUAUAGGAAAUUACAGGAAAGUGGCAAAUGGCUUUAUCAGAGAAAGCCUUUGCAGGCCAAUGCCAAAAAUACAUAGUCAAAUAUCAGAAAAAAUUAGUACUUACAUGCAAUAAGAAAAAGUAGGUAUAUAUAUAAUUUAUGUGUAUGUAACAAGAUUAUAUCUCUUAAAUAUAUUUAUUAUUUGAGAUCAUUAUAGCCUUAACAUUUGUUAUUCUUCUUGUUUAGUUAUAACAUCCUAUUAGGCCAUUAAGUAGAAUUUUUUAAGGUGAGAAGAAGAAGAAGAAAUGGGAAAGGCAAGCAAAUGGAUUAGAAAUCUUCUUCUUGGGAAAAAAGAAGAGAACUUCAAGCAGAUUGAUACUUUCUGCUCGGAGAAUAAGGCAGCGAACGCGGUCAAUAAUAGCGGUAGUAAUAAAAUGGUAGUGAAGCGAAAAUGGAGCUUCCGAAAACUGACAGGUGGAAGAUCAACUGGAAAGAUAAUAGCUCAUAAAGUUUCCCAGUCUUUUGACUCAAUUGAUUCUCCGAAAUUGCAAAUUCAAGCCUUAAUGUUCCAAACUCAGACUCCAAGAACAGCUGCUGAAUUUGUAAGAAGAGCUGCUACAAGGAUUCAAGCUUCCUUUCGCUCCUAUUUGGCAAGGAGGGCACUGCAUGCUUUAAGAGGCUUAGUGAAGUUACAAGCACUAGUGAGGGGUCACCUUGUAAGGAAACAAACAACCGCAACACUGCGAGGGAUGCACGCGUUGAUGUCCAUACAAGUUCGAGCUCGAAUCAAAAGGAUUAAGAUGGCCGAAGAAGAAGUAAAUCCACUCGAAAUACAACAACCUCCACAACACACCGAAGUUCCUUACUUCAAACAUCACAAGACACAACAAAGACAAUAUCAAGAUUCGAAGAAUAUGAGUGUGGAAGAAAUGUUGGGAGUAAUGAGAAGUAGAAGCGGUCCUCUAGAUGUAAAAAGCAGAAAGUAUGAUUCAAUGGCAUAUUAUUCAAAUCAAUUGAAGAAGGAGAAUAAUCACAAUAAUACUACAAAAGUCAUCACAGAACCAAACAGUCCAGAAAAAUACUUCAAAGAAAUGAUCGAUUAUUUGAAGCCGACAACAUCUCAGCGUGACAUGGUACCUCCUAGACAAUCAUGGUCAUCACCGAAUUACAUGAACAAGACGGAAUCAUCAAAGGCAAAAACAAGGUCUAGUAGUGAACCGAGACAAAGACCAAAACUAGGAACAAAGCAAAAGAGUGGCAAGAGUGUAGAAGGUGGUGGUUUGUUGAAGCAUAAUAUGUUGUCACAUUCAGCAAGGUAUGAUCAUUGGAUUGUUAAUUCGAUGAAGGAGAGUAAACGAGAUUCUUUUGAUAGCUGCAGGGUUACUACUAGUGAUGAUUCGUACUACAUGUGAAUGAAUUCUCUAUUAUAAUUCCUUAGUUGUUAUAAAAUAAGUUAAUAUGAUUCAAUUUUGAACGAAUGAAUGGCCGCAGCAUGAAGUGGAACAAAUUUUAGUGUUGCUUUGUCCAUUCCUUUAUGGAUCAAGGUUGAUUAAUUGCUAAUAGUAUUUGCAUGACACCUUUUUCUUAGGAAAAAACUAGCAGACCUGUCAUUAACCGAGAUAGAGAGUUUAACAGAAUGAAAAAUGAUGUCAUUAUUCAUGAACUAAAUGUAUCAUUAAAACCAAAAUCAUGAAGAACAUUAAUAUAAAUAAGGCAAAAUAUCUUUAUU